AUGGCCGUAAGCGAACGCAUAUCACAGCUCAUGAGCGCCCUCGACACCGGAUCUGGUCCUGAUACAUCUCGUGCCACUUCUCCCGGUGGCGAUUGGCGACAGGCCAACGGCACCGUCAACGGGGCUGAUGACAGGCGUCGCCCACGGACAUUUCCAUACUUUGAAUACCUUCCAUACCAGACAGAAGAUCAGAGCGAUCGCGAGGAGAGUCUGAACACAUGUUUGAAGCACCUCUAUAUUGCCGUCUCAGCGGGCGACUUUGCGCCGGGCGCAGUACACUGGACACGCGAGAUUCGGGGCUGGCUAUCACUCAAGUUUGAUCUUCCCCGCAGCACGCGGGUGAAGCUGGUGAACCUUUACUAUGAGCUGGCGUUGGCCCCCGGCCUAGACUAUUUGGUGGCCGAGCGCUUUGCGAGCAUGUUCAUGGUCUUGACUAAGCGUAAGCACUACCUCCGACCUGGCAUAGACCUGGUACUCGAUUGGCGGCCAUUGUAUAGAGAGUUGAAGAUGUUCGUGCUGCCCUCAGAGUCGGGAGGCUCGCACCCGCCCAACGUGAAGCGGAACAUCCGCACCCUGACCAAGAUGUGCACUUUUGCACAGUCAUACUUCGAUCCCAAGGAUAUACCAGCCAUGCUAGAAGAGCUUCUGCCCUUUUUCAGCACAUCUUUUAGUGAGAAUGCAUUCGUCGUUGUGGGGCUGCUCAAUCUGCUACUUCCAACCCACCCAGCGCCAGAGGACAUGAAGCACCUGCUACCGCAAGAGUAUCUUCCCACAUUUUUCCACUUGUGGUCACUAGUAAACCGAUCGCGACUCUUUGAUGCACACUAUAUCGACACUCUGUCGAGGUUGGCGCGGGACAACCUGACAGCGCCACAUGUCCCCUUUUCGCAGUACGGCAUCUUCACAGGAGAGCAAUCGUCUCAGAUAUUCACAGCGAUUCUGCGGUUACUUGAGAUCCCAGUUGGUCAAGCAACAUCCCCGUACAGUAGUUCUGUCGACCUUGGGGCGGGGUUAGCUGUGAUGCUGGACCGCGACCCGCGCAAGCAUCCGUCUACACACCACAUUGCUCGCAUCAUCGCCAUGUCGUUGUCACCUGCAUCCGCUGAUCAUCCAGACUCCACACUUACCAAGCUAGAGGGUCUAGUUCAAGCGGUAGAAACCUUCUUCCACCCUUCCAACUCUGGGAGCUGGACUAGGCCGCUAGCACAGUUUGUGUACUACCUGGCAGAUAUCUUUGUACUGCGUUGGAACCGAGAACAUAGCGGUGAGAUGGAUGUGCCAGAAGAGCGACGACUCAAUGAUGCAGUCAAGCGACGCUUUGUGCUCUGCCUGCGCGAGGUCACGUUCAUGGGGAUCUUCUCUAAAAGCGACAAGGCUGUGCAAUACGCCCUGUCCACUUUACAGAGUCUGGCGUAUCUCGAGCCCAACCUCAUUCUUCCAGGUGCAUUACAGCGGAUUUACCCCGCGAUGCAGGGACUCGUCGAGGUUCAUCGCACAAUCUCGUCUAUUCGUGCGUUGCACAUGCUUUCAAAGGUCAUGGCCAAGACAAAAGGCUUCCGGUGCCACGUUACGUCGGUGCUUGGGCUUGCGCUACCCGGUAUUGACGCCAACGACCUGGAAAAAACGCUACAUACCUUGCAAUAUAUUCAGGGUGUGUGCUACCUUAUUCCGUUCCAGGAUCUCACAAAGGCAAAGAAGGCGGCAAACGAGGAAACGUCCAGAGACGGAGCAACUACACCUUCAGAUGACGCUGGUGGUGACACCGGCCUGGCUGUGGAAUGGAUCACAGCGCAGGUUGAACGACUGGAAAAUGCCAAUGGUAACAUUGAGAUUAACUACGGUGAAGAGCUCAGUGAUCAAGACGAGGCUAUGAUUCUACGGUCCUCCACGACUGGACUCAAUGAGUUUCUCAUUACAUUCCUUGGUCGUGUCUUCACGCUAUUGGAGAAUCUGCCAGAUGCAUCUAGGGUCCGCAGUGGCUCCCCUGAGGAAUAUGUCGUCAACCAACUUCCAGCGGCUUUCACGCCACUUCUUGCUGCGCUCUCUCCCGAGUUGUACGAUAUCGCACUUGAUAAGAUUGCAAACUUCAUCACGAACCACGUGGUUCAUCAAGCAAAAGACGCCAUUGCGUUCAUCUGCAACAGUCUUGUUAAGAUCAACCCUGAGAAAGCCCUCAAGCGCCUUUUGCCACAUCUUCUUGCAGGUAUCCGCACUGAGAUUGAUGAAAUCGGCGCUGGCUCGACGCGAACUACAGGUGCAGAAGUGCUUCCACGUGAUCGUGCACUUGUCUGGAAUCUCUGCAUUCUUAGCAUGUGUGUUGUCCAUGUUGGCGACGCAGUUCUUGAAUGGAAAGAUGAGCUAUUUGAGAUUGCAGAAUACAUGCAGCAGAAGUGUCGGGGCACACCUACUGUGCAUGUUUCCAACUUCAUCCAUCACUUGCUGCUCAAUCUUACUUGCACCUACACUAUCGACUACUCCAUCUAUGAGCAAGAUGAGCUUGAACAGGGCUUGUCAACAGAGUCAUGGGGUAGACAGGUUGAUAUCAAGAAGCUGGAUAUCAAGUGGCACACUCCCAGUUCAGAAGAGAUCGACUUCGCUAUCAAGCUUUUCGAAACUCAUGCUAACAACGCAAUGACGGCACUUCAUGCCCUCACACAGCCGGACUCUCCAAUCAAACGCGAAGGUACUGGAAAAGAUUGGUCUGAUGAAGUAUCUCGCAAUCUUGUUUUGUUGCGACUGAUCAUUUCUGGCAUCUCGGUCUUGUUUGAUGUUCGGCAUGACCAGGUCGCAGAUGGCAACAACGCCUCAGACGAUGGCUCAGAUCCAGACGCGAUGGACACAGAAGGUAUCGAUGACGAUGCUGGUCUCGGCGAAGCUGAAGACGAAGAGGUCAAGCCUACUUUCCAGUACGAAGCUGGCUAUCCGCUCCGUCGUGGUGACAAAAACUACACCCUUGUCCACGACUUACGUAGGCAGGUUGGUGAGAUGCUUCACAGCGUACAUCAGUUCUUGAUUGAGAAGCAACCCGAUGAUGUGCCUUGCUUCAACUCGUUGUACAAUGCCUAUCGCUCAUGGUUCAUUGACGUCGGCAUUGAGCGAUCUGCUCAUGUGCUUGAUCGGAUUUCAAGACUUUUGGAGAACGACGAGCGACCUUUUAGGUUCAGUGGACUGCGCAAGCAGUAUCCAAGACCCCUGCUAGUCCGGCGGGCAAACGUCUACCACCUUCAGCGGCUGAGACACAACGCCAACCCGCGACCAAAGACAGAUCUUGACAUGACUCUGUUACUUGACCUUGCCGAAUCUAGCAUCUCUCUCUACACAGAGAUUCGACGUACUGCGCAGACCGCCAAUGAAUCAGCCGUUAAGUGCGUGCUGGGCGCUAGGCCGCUUGUCAUUCCAUCCUUACUAGAUGCUUUCGUCAAGGCUGUCGCUGAGAGUGAUUACCCUCGCAUCAAGGGUGCCAUGUUCGCUCUUCUGUUUGGUAGUUUGGCAAAGACAAUUAGUCGAGACUGGCGAUUUACUCCCAAACUGAUCAAAGCCUUUAUCGAAGUUACUGGUGCCGACAAGCCUUCGGUGCAAAAACUUGCCACCAACGCCACUUUUCAAAUCAUGGACAUGGGUAAAGCAAUGGAACGUAUGGUCAUUCUGCCCAAAGAGGUAGUGGAGUCUAUUGCGUAUGUCAUUGACUCUAGUGAGGGUGACAGUGUACAUACCAAAGUCACCAAGCGACGAGACUACAUCAAGAAGAAGCGAGCUCGUAUCGAAGACAAGAAAUCUGAGCUAUCCAAGGAGCUUGUGGAGAUUGCCAACACUGAACAUUGGAAGAAGGUCAGCAGAACCGCGGCCAUUAUCGUCAAUCUAGGCAUGCGUUACGACACUGUUGCAUCCGAUGAGAUGAUCGACCUUGUCACCAAGGGAUCCAUUGACCAGCAUCCUAGUCUCCGGGGUUUGUAUGCUGGAGCCCUCAUCGGCCUCUACUCAGUCAUUCAGACACGUGCCAUCACGGGUCACGACUAUGAGAAAUAUCUGUUGAACGAAGAAGAUCUGCCAGAUAAGAUUUCGGUGGAGACAAAGCCAGAAGAUCCUAAUUGGACGGCAGAGUACUUGGCCGCAUUCGCCCAGCCAGAAGCCAAAUAUUAUAUCGACUUCGAUUAUCCUGGAUGGUUGGUUUGGACCAAAAGUAUGACUGCGUUCAAGCCAAAUGCCCCACAGCUGUCAUAUGACGAGGUUGAGAACGGGGUUCGCCAGAAGAUCGCGAAGCAUCUUACGCGAUCUUGGUUCUCCAACUAUUUCGCUUUCAUGAAGCAGGAGCCACGCGAUAACAGCGCUGAUCGUUUCCGCAUGUCAAGUGCGAUGGUAUUGACCCAUUCGUUCGAUCUUGUGUUCUGUGGCCUAACAGAAGCUACAUUUGAAGACAUCAAGGAUCUGACUCAGUCGGUAUAUGCUGAUGGCAGCGACAAGCAUCAACACCGUGCGACUGCUGAAAUCAUGGCUGCAUUGCUUUCAUGUGCACCAGAUCUCAAAGCCGAUCAGCGGGAAGCGGUGUGGGAAUACGUCUUUCCUAUCGUCCGCGGCAUCUUCCAGGACGGUCUGACGCCAGAAAAUUCCGGCUACUGGACUACCUUCCUGCAUGUCGUGUUGCAAUCUAAAGAUCCUCGACGCGGAUGGCCGCUUGUUGAUUGGCUGGCCAGCUUCCGCCUCGAUAUGGAUUCCAACGCCGCUUUCAAGGAGAGCUCAAAGAUUCACUUACUUACUCAGUGCAUCUGUGAUGCUGGUUGGCAUUUCCGGUUGGAGAAGCCAAUCUUGGAAGACUUCAUGAAGCAUCUCGACCAUCCGUACAAGGGCGUGCGUGAGGCUAUGGGUCAGACUAUUGCAAGCAUUUUCAGGACGCGUUACCACGAAUCAUAUAAAGAUGUUGGUACGCUCAUGAAAGCACAAAAAGAUGCUUCAUCAAUCGGAGUCCGGCCUUAUCAACCUACGGAGGAGUUUAAAAAGACAAUUAUCGACGUCUUCAACCGACUUGAAGUAUGGCGCCAGGAGCGUCCUGCAGGACAGCAAACGCCUUCUUCUUACACAUCUGGUGGCAAAACAGUCUUGCUCUGGCUCGACACCACUCUCUCUUCGUAUGAAUGUACAUCACUCGUCAGCUUCUUCCCAGAUGUCUUCAUGGAGCAACUACUCCAUAUGAUGGACAUCAAAGAGGAUCCCGAGUUGCAAUCACUCGCCUAUCACGUUUUCCGGCAUCUGCCAAACAUCCCGCAUCGUGAGGGCGAGGAUUCAGAAUUCAUUGCUGCGCUCAUUCGGAUUGGACGCAAUGCAACUAGCUGGCAUCAGCGUCUCAGGAUCUUGAUCAAUAUUCAGGUCAUCUACUUCCGUCGGUUGUUCUUGAUGAGCGAAGAGCAGCAGCAGAGCAUGUUCGAUUGCGUCUCUGCUAUGUUGUCAGACUCUCAACUAGAGGUGCGUAUGGGCGCAGCUACUACCUUGUCUGGUAUGAUCCGUUGCUCGCCGAUUGCAUUCCGUGAUCGCCAAGUCUCAACGCUCAAUGAGCGGUUCACCAAGCAGCUUGCCAAGAAUCCACUGCCAAAGAAGCGCAUUCCAGGCACACCAACGACUGAGCAAGGCAAGCUUGUACUCACUCGCCAUGCUGCUGUGUUGGGCCUAGGUGCACUUAUUCAAGCAUUCCCUUAUCAGAGUCCUCCGCCAACCUGGUUACCGGAGGUGCUGGCUACGCUUGCAAGAAAGGCAGCAGCUGAUCCUGGUAUGGUGGGCAAGAGUGUCAAGACUAUUCUUGCAGACUUCAAAAAGACCAGGCAAGAUACUUGGCAUGUGGACGUUAAGGCGUUUGAGCAAGAGCAGUUGGAGGAUCUGGAGGGUGUAUUGUGGAAGAGUUAUUUUGCUUAG